CUUUUGUACUUUCCUACGCAAACCUAAAUAACUGGACUUCCCUCCUUAACUUGCUCGCCUGUUUUUCCUAUUUCUCGUAACACCCGUCAAUGGCCAUCCACAGCUUUGUAACCCUCGUCUACAAAUCACAAUGCUCUUAACGAAACUUAGUCUACAGAGAAGGUGGCGAUUCUAUCAAAUUCAUUUCAUUACAGAGUCUAAAAAUCCAAUAUAUGGCGCAACUAGUCACGCCGCCUGUCGUCCAGCCUUCAAGGCCUCUUGGCACAGGAUUUGCAACGAGGAGGAUCACGCUUGGAGAGAUCGAAGCGUGUCACGUUUCAACGUUUCAGAAGAUAUGGAGUUCUAGUGAUAAGAAAGGGGUUGCAUUCUACAAGCCUGUUGAUAUUCCUCCUGGAUAUUUUAUUCUGGGUCAUCAUUGUGAGUGUAACACUGAUUGCCUUCAAGGCUGGGUUGUUGUGACAAAGGAUGCUAAUGAAAAUAAGGAAUUAGGUGGGUCCGCAUCCCUUCCCCCACUAGUAAAACCAGUGGAUUACUCGCUGGUGUGGAGUAGCGAGUCGGAGAAGGAUAAAAAGGGGGGAAAUGGCUUCUUCUGGUGGCCCAACGCCCCUCAAGGGUAUAAAGCUCUGGGCUACCUUGUCACAAACGGUCCGGAGAAACCAUCUUUGGAGGAGCUCAGAUGCGUUCGAUCAGAUCUAACUGGAGUUUCCAAGACUGGCAAUAACAUUUGGAAUAAGAAAGACGGUACCUCUUCUUUCCAAGUGUGGAGUACAAUCCCGGACCCAGAAAAGCAAGCAAAUGGGGUAUUUGCAGGGACAUUCUUUUGCACCACAAACAGCGAAAGUGGAAUCUCAGAACUUCCGGUGGCUUGUCUAAUAAACGCAAAUUCCAUACCGAUAGGAAUGCCAAGUCUGGAUGACGUCCAUUCAAUUAUAGGCAAAUAUGGUCCCACUGUAUUUUUCCAUCCCAAAGAGACAUAUUUGCCCUCAUCUGUUCCGUGGUUUUUCGAAAAUGGGGCAUUAUUAUACAAGAAGGGCUCAUUCACGCCCGACCCAAUUGCAGAGGACGGUUCAAACCUCCCACAGGGCGGCUCGGCUGACGGUGAGUACUGGAUUGACCUGCCUUCAAACUCUGCAAAAGCUAAAAUUGUGAGGCGUGGAGAUUUAGAGAGCGCAGAGGCGUAUGUACAUGUUAAAUCAGCACUAGGAGGAACAUUUACAGACAUCGUGAUGUGGGUGUUUUACCCCUUCAAUGGCCCGGGCACUCUAGCGUUCUUCGGGUUGGUCUUCAUACCGCUGGGUAGAAUUGGAGAGCACAUAGGUGACUGGGAGCACGUAACUUUACGUGUGAACAACUUCACCGGAGAAUUAUGGGCUAUUUACUUUUCUCAGCACAGUGGAGGACAGUGGAUUGAAGCUGGGGAUUUGGAAUAUGUGGAGGGGAGUAAGAAAGCCGUGGUUUAUUCAGCCAAAAGUGGGCAUGCUAACUUUCCUAGGGCAGGACUGGUUCUUCAGGGGUGCGGAAAACUUGGAGUGGGCAUCGCCAAUUCCUCAAAGAAGAGUGCGUAUUUUCUGGAUACGAGCAAAAAGUAUAAAAUUGUGGCUGCAGAGUACCUGAAGGGAAUGGAGAACUGUGAAAAUGUUACAGAGCCGGCAUGGUUGAACUAUGGAAGGAAAUGGGGACCCGAGAUCGAAUAUGCGUCUUCAAACCUGGUGGGAUGUGUUAAAUUGCCGUCUGAAGUUUCUGGGGAGGAUGGACCGACUGGACCCAAAUGGAAAAGCAGCUGGUAUGGUGAUGAAAAAGUAAAAGACGUAUUCUAGACUUGGAGAUAGUUGUAAAGAGACGUGUUUUACAGAUGAAUGGAAAUUGGGCUGCUGAAUCGAAUGUUGGAAAGUUUGGACUGGACGGCCACAGAGAUGCUGUCUUCACACUUGUAUAGAUAGCCUAUGAAACUUCUCUUAAUUGGAUCUUUUUCCAUGAUGUUGACAAUUUGGAACCGGCUUGUCUGAUUAAUGUCCACAAAGACAAGAUUGCUAUAUGUACAUUCAUUCUUAUUUCCAAUUAUAAUUUGCUGACUUUGUAGUGGCUGAUGUUUG